UUUAUCAUAAUUUGUAAUUAGCAUAACUAUAAUGUUAGUUUAAUUGAAACGUAAUAAGUAAUUGGUACACUUUGUGUUAAAGUACAAUUUUGGUUGUCAUCCCUGAUCAUAAUAUUCUUUUUUAAUCAGUGAAAAAUAGGUAAUUGUGAGUUACAAAAAAUGGACUUGAAACUCGAUGUAUUAUAAUAGUCAUAAAAUUGGUGUAGAAUAAUUUGUCCUAUUUGAAAAGCGUGUUAAGGUCGAAAUGUCAUGUAAUUCGACUUAUCGUAUUCGUCCUGGCACAGUUGGCUUAGUGAAUAUGUAUUCUUUUUUAUCGUAUGUAGUGGCUUUGUACAGGUGGGCGAUUAAUGUAUUAAGUUAGACAUUUUUGACAAGUACUUUAUUUAAUCGUGUUUUCAAACAUUGCACGUUUAUUGUAUGCAAGAAACGCGAUCGUUAGUGUGUAAUAAAGAACAAAUAUGAAUAAACAUUAAAUGUUUUUCCAACUUUUGAAGGUAUAAAUUUUACUCUUAAAAAUGAGUUGGUUACGAAAUAGUCCAUUGAGAACAAGUUUUACCAAACAACGAUCUAGAGAUUCACCUCCAAAAGAUGCCGAUCCAUCAGCAUGUUAUGAUAGUUUCUGCAAGCAUUGGCAACAAACUUAUGACAUUAUUUUACAUACUAUUCCACCAAAGGGAAUACCUAGUCAGGACGAUGUUCUUGGUGUUGUUAACCACAUCGACCAGAUGGUAACUCUUCUGGUAUUGGAACUCAGAGAGUCUACAUCUUCUAAGCAUUAUCGUCAGAAUUCUAGUGCAACGCAUUCUCCAUGUUUAGAGUACUUAUUAAGUGAAAAUUUACUUGUCAAAUUAUAUGAGUGGAGUGUACAUACCGGAAAGUUUAAUAAUGCUGUUCGUUUAGAACAACUGAAGCUUUAUGAAUUAUUAGUAUCAUACAGUGGUACAUUGCUUGCACAUGAACCAGUAACAAGGCCAUUGUUAAGACUAUUAGAAGAAUGUGCUAAUGAUAUUAUGCUAUUGGAAAUAGAAAAAAAAUUGGUUGUUCUAUUAAAUCAAUUAUGCGUAGCAUUAAUGCAAAAUAUGGCUCUACUAGAUCUAUUUUUUCAUUCAACAGCAACUGGGAAAAAUAAGUUUAUUAUUUUUACAUUAUUGAUACCUCACAUUCAUAAGGAAGGAGGUAUUGGACAACAAUCACGAGAUGCUAUGUUAUUAUGUAUGUCCCUUUCGAAAAAAAAUGAUGAAGUUGGAUUAUAUAUUGCUGAUCAAUCUAAUAUUUGUCCGGUAUUAGCAACAGGUUUAAGUGGCCUUUAUUCUUUAUUACCUCGAAAACUUCAUAUCGAAACAGAUGAUUGGCAUCGUUUAACACCUGAUGAUGUUAAUGAUAUACCACCACUUAUACAACUGAUGAAUUCUUUAGAAUUUUGUAAUGCUGUUGCACAAAUUGCUCAUCCUAUGGUUCAAAAGCAAUUACUUGAAUUUUUAUAUCACGGAUUUCUAGUACCAGUAAUGGGUCCUGCUUUAUUACAGGAUUCUCUUGGCUUGACUCUAGAACAGCUAGAUGCACUGGAGCACCGGACAACUGUGGAUGAAUUAGUAGCAGCUACAGCUUAUUUUGAUUUGUUUCUUCGAUCCGUAACAGAACCAGGUCUACUAAGAUCACUAGUUAGAUUUUUGUUAGAAGAUAAUUAUGACGAAUGUAGGAUAUUGGACAGUCUUAUACAAAGAAUAUCUUCCAGAUCAAGGUUAUGUAUUGUAACUUUGGCAUUAUUUGAUACCUUAAUUAACUUAAACUGUGAGGAUGUAAUGCUGGAACUAUGCUUAGGAGCUUUAAGCCCUUGUUCUCACGUAAUGUUAUCUCAACGUCGAAGAUUGAAAGAUAUAGAUCCAUUUGGACGUGGUGCAGAAAAAUUUUUAGCUUUGAUACCAAAUUGUUGUUCACCAUUUUCUCCAUUGGCUACACCACCUACUUCGUUACCAAGCACUUUGUCUUCUUCACGUGAAGAAUCUUUAAAUAGCUUAGAUGCAUUGAAAUCGUUACCAUUAUCAAUAAAUUAUGGUACUAGAACAUCAGACAGUCUAUAUGGGAAUUAUCAUGCUUAUCUUUGUGAUGCUAGACAAAAAAUAACAGCUUGUAGAAUAGCAUGUCGUAAUUGGUCAUCUCGUUACGAUGGAGAAAUAUCUACAGAUAAUAAUACUGGAAGUGCAGUUACUUUAACAGAUGAAAAUACAUUACUUGAUCAAACGACUAAAAAAACUGAACAAAAUGUAAUACUAUCUUCAGAAACACAUUCAAUUACUGUCAUUGGUACAAAGGAAAAUAUUUCGUCCGAUAAUAUAUUAGAUAAUAUUCAAAGUUUAUUAGAAAAUAAAGAAUUAAAUAAAAAUACACUUAAUACGGAUAUACCAGUAACAUCAGAUGUUGUAUUAUCGCUUGAAGAACAAGCUAAGUUAGAUGCUGAUAUUGCUGAAUUAUUAAAUGAAAAUAUAGGUUCUUCAGAAUCUAUUGUUGAAACAUUUUUAACAGCUGAUAAAAAAGGCUCUGAUAGUGGUAUUGAUGAUUCAAAUACAGCUAUGAAUUCUUUGUUAUCAUUGGGAGAAAGUAGUGGUUAUGAAAGUUUUGCAUUUAAAGGAUCAUCACAGUCAACACCAGAAAAUGAGCCAAGUGAAAAUCAAAUAAAUGAACAUGAAGAAACAGAUUCAGAAUGCAAUCACGAGCCUAAUGUACUUAUCCAUGAUAAUGUAGAGUCUAAUUCUAUAUCAGAAGAAUCAAUAAUAAAUAAACAAAGUAAAGAUACUGCCUGUCGUCAAGAUAUAUUUAAUGGACAACCAAAUGUUGGAAUAUUUUUGGAUGUUAUUUUAAGAAAAUUGGAAUGUAUGACAAGCAAUAAUUUAUAUGUUAAUUUACAUUUAACUGGCCUUAUAAGUAGAUUGGCAAUUUAUCCACAGCCAUUGUUGCAAUCAUUUUUAUUAAAUCAUUCAUUGGUGUUUCAGCCUAGUAUCAGAUCAUUAUUUCAGGUGCUUGCAUCUUUAAAACAUAAAAUAGAUCAGUUUCUAUCGAAACAUGACAAUGUCGACCUGUUAGUGGAUCAAGCUAGAUCAUUUUUAAUUGGUCGUGAGGAUAGAUUAGUAAAUGCAAGAAAAAAUGCAUUAGAAGCUACUGCACAAUUUGCAUGCAAUAAGAGGAAUUCUUUAACAAACGACUCAUUUUUAAGAGGUGAACCUAAAAGGAGAAGCUUUACAUCGUCCUUUACACAAAUGUUCAGAAGAGCAAGUAAUACAUCUGGCACAAUUAAUUUAACAAAUUCUAUCAGUCAACCAUCUAGUAUAUCAGAGAAUCAAUUAGAACCUGUUGGAUUUGGAACAGGCUACCGAUCAUCGUGGGAAUCUCCAAGUGAAAUAAGUCCAGUACAAAAUAUAGUAUUAUGUGCAGUUGUAUUAGAUGAAUGGUUAAAAGAAUUAGCAGCUAUUACUCAAGAACAUGCCAUUAUGUCACUUACAAAUGGUUUAGAAUAUAAUACAUAAUACAAGGAUCUAUAAUGAUAGUAAUUGCUAAAUUAAUCUAAAAAAAAAAAAGAAAAAAAAGGUAAAUAGAUACUAAUAACAAAUAAA